AUGGCAGCGCAGGGCGAGUACCAGCGCCUGGAGGACGAGGAGGACUCGCCGCCCGGCGAGGAGGAGCUGCUGCUGCACGUCACCGAGGGGCUGCAAGACUCCUGGCACCACAUCAAGAACCUGGAUAAUUUCUUCACCAAGAUCUACCACUUCCAUCAGAAGAACGGCUUCGCCUGCAUGAUGCUCUCCGACCUCUUUGAGCUGGUGCAGUUCCUGUUCGUGGUGGCCUUCAGCACCUUCCUGCUGUGCUGCGUGCAGUACGACGUGCUCUUCGCCAACCGGCCGCUCAACCAGAGCGGCGGCGCGGCGCCGCCGCCCAAGGUGACGCUGCCCGACGCCGUGCUGCCCGCGCCGCAGUGCGCGCGGAGGAUCCGCGCCAACGGCUGGCUCAUCUUCUUGCUGGUGAUGGCUGCCGUGUUCUGGCUCUACCGCCUGGUCAAGGUGCUCUGCAGCCUGCUGAGCUACUGGGAGAUCCGCAACUUCUACAUCAAGGCGUUGCGCAUCCCCUCGGACGGGCUGUGCAACUACAGCUGGCAGGAGGUGCAGGCGCGGCUCAUCUCGCUGCAGCGCGAGCAGCAGAUGUGCGUGCACAAGAGGGAGCUCACGGAGCUCGACAUCUACCACCGCAUCCUGCGCUUCAAGAACUACACGGUGGCCAUGGUCAACAAGUCGCUGCUGCCCGUGCGCUUCCGCCUGCCGCUGCUGGGCCCCGUGGUCUUCCUCACGCAGGGCCUCAAGUACAACCUGGAGCUGCUCUUCUUCUGGGGCCCCGGCUCGCUCUUCCAGAACAAGUGGAACCUGCAGCCGCAGUACAAGCGGGCGGGCUCGCGGCUGGCGCUGGCGCAGCGCCUGGCGCGCGCCAUGGUGCUGCUGGGGGUGGCCAACCUGCUGCUGUGCCCCUUGGUGCUCGUGUGGCAGCUGCUCUACGCCUUCUUCAGCUACACCGAGGUGCUCAAGCGGGAGCCGGGCAGCCUGGGCGCGCGCCGCUGGUCGCUCUACGGGCGCCACUACCUGCGCCACUUCAACGAGCUCAACCACGAGCUGCGGGCGCGCCUGAGCCGCGGCCACAAGCCGGCCACCCGCUACAUGAACUCCUUCGCCAGCCCGCUGCUCGCCGUGCUCGCCAGGAACGCCGCCUUCUUCGCGGGCUCGCUGCUCGCCGCGCUCAUCGCGCUCACCGUGUACGACGAGGACGUGCUGGCCGUGCAGCACAUCCUCACGGCCGUCACGCUGCUGGGGCUGGUGCUCACGGGGGCCAGGUCCUUCAUCCCCGACGAGCACCCGGUGUGGAGCCCCGAGCAGCUGCUGCAGCGCGUGCUCGCCCACAUCCACUACAUGCCCGAGCGCUGGCAGGGCAAYGCCAGCAAGGGCGAGACGCGCGCCGAGAUGGCCCAGCUCUUCCAGUACAAGGCGGUCUUCAUCCUGGAGGAGCUGCUGAGCCCCAUCGUGACGCCGCUCAUCCUCAUGUUCGCGCUGCCCGCGCGCGCGCUCGACAUCGUCGACUUCUUCCGCAACUUCACGGUGGAGGUGGUGGGCGUGGGCGACAUCUGCUCCUUCGCGCAGCUCGACGUGCGGCACCACGGGCACCCGCAGUGGCUCUCGGCGGCGCACAGCGAGGCCCCGGCGGAGCGGCGCGCCGAGCACGGCAAGACCGAGCUCUCGCUCAUGCGCUUCGCCAUCAGCAACCCGCGGUGGCAGCCGCCGCCGCGCAGCGAGCUCUUCCUCAGCCAGCUCAAGGAGAAGGUGCAGCAGGAGGCGGCGGCCGCCCCGCGCGAGCCCCCGCUCGCCGCCUCGCUGCUCUCGGACGACUCGGCGGCGCCGGCGGACGUGCUGCUGGCCGGCGCGCUGGCGCGCUCCCGGCUGUGCCGCGCGGGGCAGCCCUGCGGCGUGGCCGGCGCCCUGGCCUCGCUCUCGUCCCUGGCGUCCCCGCUGCCCCUCCACCAGCAGCAGCAGCAGGAGCAGCAGCAGGGCGCCGGGCCGCACGCUGCCACGUGGGUCGCCCCCGAGGUCCCCAAGGGCCCCGCGGUGCCGGCCGGCUCGGCCGCCAGGGCCUCGCAGGCCCCGCAGCGGGAGCUGCCGCUGGGCGGCUGGGCCGAGCAGCACGAGGACGAGGAUGAGGAUGAGGACGGAGCGGAGCAGGAGCCGCAGCAGGAGCGGCCGCAGUAGCUGCCCC